UCGGGGCUGCAGGAAGCUGCAGUAGAAUGUCUGUCCAGAUCUAGAAAGAGCUACAGCCUCGAGAGUGGAGUGGACUCCAGCGGAUUCCCGAGUGCAUGCGUGUGGAUCGGUCGGAGAUCAGCGAUGGAGUUGAAGAGAGGGCAUCUGUUGGUUCUGUGCCUGUUGGCAUCGGUGGUGUUGGCUUCGGCAACAUGGGAUGUACCCAAAUACAAGAAGCCCGUGAAGAAGUACCAAGCACCCAAGUGUGCUCCCAUCAGGCAGUUCACAUCGUGCGCUGCGUUCGUGAAGAAGUCGUCAUGGCUUUACGGCAAAUGGUCGUGGACGCCGACCCCGAAGUACUGGUCUCCCUGCUGCAAGCUGGUCAGGAAGGAGUCGCAUGAUUGCCUGUGCGCGGCAGCCAACUCCAAGUACAAGCACUUCAAGGUCGACAUGGCCAAGGCAUUGUCUUUGCCGAAGAAGUGUGGCAAGAAGGCCCAGAAGGGCAAAAAGUAUGACGCCAAGUGCAAAGUGUUUAAGCCCAAGUCCAAGCCUCGCGCCCCAGUGUACAAGUAUAAAUCUCCACCUCCUCCAGCGUACAAGUACAAGUCUCCACCACCUCCUGCGUACAAGUACAAGUCUCCACCACCUCCGGCGUACAAGUACAAGUCUCCACCACCUCCAGCGUACAAGUACAAGUCUCCACCACCACCGGCGUACAAGUACAAGUCUCCACCACCACCGGCGUACAAGUACAAGUCUCCACCACCACCGGCGUACAAGUACAAAUCUCCACCACCUCCGGCGUACAAGUACUCUUCCCCACCUCCUCCAGUAUACAAAUACGCAUCACCACCACCUCCUGCAUACAAGUACAAGUCACCACCCCCACCCGCGUACAAGUAUUCUUCUCCACCCCCUCCAGUGUACAAAUACGAAUCACCACCACCUCCCGCGUACAAGUAUUCUUCUCCCCCACCUCCAGUGUACAAAUACGAAUCACCACCACCCCCUCCUUACAAGUAUGCGUCUCCUCCCCCUCCCCCGUAUAAAUAUGAGUCUCCUCCACCACCUCCUUACAAGUACUCGUCUCCUCCUCCUCCUCCCUAUAAGUACGAGUCUCCUCCACCACCUCCUUACAAGUACGAGUCUCCUCCUCCUCCUCCGUAUAAAUAUGAGUCUCCUCCACCACCUCCUUACAAGUACGAGUCUCCUCCUCCUCCCCCGUAUAAAUACGAGUCUCCUCCACCACCUGUGUACGUGUACGCCUCUCCACCUCCUCCUGCCAAAUCUCCGGCGGUUGCUCCCUCCUCCAUCGAGCAACCCGCUGGUUACUAGACAUGCAGCUGGAAAGAGGAAGUAGCAACAACGAAGACGAGCUUCUCAGAGAGUUCGACUGUCACCUGCAACUGACAUCACAGUCAUUGCACAGACUUCUCAUCAUGCUGCCAAGCAUCGACACGAGUUUUCUCGUUUUGAAACGUAGGUGAAUCCGAGGUUGUGACUGACAGUGACGCUCAGUCAUUCGGAAAGAGAGGAUUCACUCACGGAGUGGCUUGAUCCUGCUCGGAGUGAGAAUCGCAGUUUUCAGACUUUCAGACAGUUCUCAGACAGUUUUCAGUCAUUUCUACAUAAAACGAUUAUGCAACAUUUUUUUACAGAUAUUUUGGGCUACGAUGUACAU